AUGUUCCAUGACCGCACGGAGCCCACCAAUGGUAUAGAAAAGGUCACCACGGACUCGGAGAAGGUCGCGUCAGCCUUGGCCAUGGACUCGAUGCGCCACUGCUGGCAGUGGCAGGCGGGCAUGCCCAAGGCGCGGCAGUGCUGCAAUAUCCUCGUAAAUGGGGCGUCGACGCAGAUGGAGAUGGCCACGCAGAGCGACUGUGUGCUCAGCUUCCGCAAGGGCGACGUCGUCACCAUUCUGACGAAUAUCGGUCGCCGCACAGUUCUGUUGAGCUAA